AUGAAAGCAGGGGGCCCCAAAGAUAACGACGAUAGCAGCAAGACCUCUUCGGGCCGGCGAGCCUCUUCUGGGGGCCCCCAGGAGGGGAGGAGGUUAAGCCACACCCGAUGGGGAUGUUCGUCUGCUUCCUCUGUACCCCCCUCUCCUGCUUCUUCUCUCGCACGCACCAUGGCUCGUCCACCGAGCAAACCUUCAACCGAGGAGCGUUUCCCCCUCGUUGCUAGGGGGCCCUUCCUGGACUUGGAGACCGGAGCUGGGGGGCCCCCAACUGCCGCUCCCGGGGGGCCCCCCUCCACGCCCCUCGGCCUUCCUUGGGGGACGUGGAGACGCAGCAGCCACAACUGCAGCAGCAGCAGCAAAGACCACCAUCAGCAGGUGCCUUCGUCUCCGCCUCUACCCCCCAUCAGCCCUCAACUGCCAGACCAGCCGUUGUGCGUCUCCAGUGAUGUAGUGGAGGCAGCUGCAGCUGCCUGCGUCGUAUCUCGUGGUGGUUUACAGAGGCAGGAGCACCGAAGGCCGGAGGAGGAGGAGUCAGAGCAGCCCCAUCAUGAGCUGCAGCACCCUCAUGAUCAUCAUCAGCAGCAUCAGCAUCAGCAGCAGCAGCAGCAGCAGCAGCAGCAGCGGCAGCAGCAGCAGCAGCAAGUUGACGCGCGGUUGACUUUUAUUGUUUUUGUUAUUUUCUUCUCGCUGGAGAUAUUUGUCAACUUUGAUUGCGGGGCUAUCCCCUGCACUCUCUCCCGCAUGGCAGAUGAGUUUCGUCUCUCUCCUACCUGGCAAGACUUCUUUUCAGGGGCUGCAGCAGCUCGUGCUGCAGCAGCAGCAGCUAGUAGUCCUCCUGUAGAGCAGCAGCACCAGCAGCAGCAGCAGCAGCAGCAGCCACGAAGAAAACUCUCCUCACGAGCAGGCAUGUUGGGGGCGCUGCCGUAUGUGGGUCUGACAUUGGCUUCGCCUUUUGCGGGGCGUAUAUUUGCCUAUUGGCCGGCGAAGAGAGUGGUGGUGGUAUCGAUGGCUCUUAAUGCUUUUUCUACCCUUCUUAUGGUGCUGACUCUGCUGCUGCCGCACGACGCGCUGCCCCUCUCCAGCAGCAGCAGCAGCAGCAGCAGCAGCAGCGGGGGUAGCAGCAGCGGUGGUGUUGUGGAUGGGGGCGGCGUUGGUGUGGGUGCAUCAUCCCCUGACAUGGCCCCCUUCGUUAUAUUUGCGCCUGUAUGGGUCGAUGAGUUCUCCCCCCCAAAGAAAGCAGCUCUAUGGAUGGGUGUCAUGCAGGGCGCAGCUGUUGUAGGCGUCACUGUUUUCUUUUUGUGGGUACUUACUGGCCUUGUAGCUAGCAUCCCGCAGGAGUAUAUACAGACGCCAGGGGGCCCCCGGGGGGCCCCCGGGAGGGCCCCAGGGGGGGCCUCCAGGGGGGGCCCCAAGUACCUUCAGGAUGAUAAACAUGCUCUAGACCAGCCGGAAGACCAGGAGCAGCAGCAGCAGCAACAGCAGCAGCAGCAGCAGCAGCAGGGGGGAGAGCAACUGCAGCUGCAUACACUGCCAGCUGUAGAAGGAGACUGUUGUGUGAGCCCAGGCCAAGCAGAGACAGCGGGAACACACAGGAGGAAGUCGGUGGAUGCUAGUCGGCAUCCCCCAGACAGCAGCAGCAGCAGCAGCAGCAACAGCAACAGCAGCAGCAGCAGCAGCAGCAGCGUGCGGGCUUGGCCAGCUGCUCCCGCUGCAGUAGAGCUCUCGCCCCCCAUCUGCAGCAGGAGAAACGCCUCCUUGGCGCUGCUGCUGUACGUCAGCUGGCGGCGUUGUUGCUGGGGGGGACGCCGAUGUACAUGCUGCCAGUGCUGA